AUGUCGAUUUUCCUUCGAACAACAAAGAGCAGUCCCAUCACGAAGCGUUUCACCUCGUUCCCUCUGUUUCGCACUCACACGCACGCGACUGCUGCCUCGACUUUUCGAAAGAGCACGAGAACGAUGAUGUCUUUAUCUCGCGCGGCGGUGCCUGCACCCCCGUCGAUUCGACGCACCAGUGCCGGUGACAACAACAAACAAGAUCAACGAGUGAGAGGCGAGCAAGUUCGAACGUUCGCGUUCGGGGCGAGAAAAGCGCCGAAGGGACAACUUCCCGAGCGCGAACCGAACAUGGGUUUAGAUCCAGAAAACGCGCAAGCUAAGAAAAAAGCGUUGGAACGCGUACUGGGCGAAAUCGACUCCACGUUCGGGAAAGGGUCCAUCAUGAAGCUCGGCUCCGCCGGACAGGCGAAAGUGGCGACGUUUCCCUCGGGGGCGAUGACGUUAGACAUGGCCUUAGGAGGCGGACUACCGAGAGGCAGAAUCGUGGAAAUUUACGGUCCAGAGUCCUCUGGGAAGACGACGUUAGCCAUGCACGCGAUGGCGGAGAUGCAAAAGUUGGGCGGCACGGUGGCGCUGAUCGACGCCGAGCACGCGUUUGAUCCGGACUACGCCAAGAGGUUGGGGUUGAACGUGGACGAUUUGGUCGUCUGUCAACCGGAAACUGGGGAAAUGGCGUUGGAGGUUGUUGAUACGUUGGUCAGAUCAGCCGCGGUGGAUUUGAUUUGCGUGGAUUCUGUCGCCGCUUUGGUGCCGAGAUCGGAAAUCGAAGGCGAGAUUGGUAUGGUCCAAGUCGGCGCGCACGCGAGGUUGAUGUCGCAAGCGUUGAGGAAGAUUAACGUAAACGCGGCGAAAGCGAACACGACGAUUUUAUUUUUGAAUCAACUCAGAUCGAAAGUUGGGGUGAUUUACGGGAAUCCGGAAGUCACCACGGGUGGUAACGCGUUGAAAUAUUACUCCUCGGUGCGUUUGGACAUUCGAAGAAAAGAAGUCAUCAAAGGCAAAGCCGGCGAGGACGAUCUCGGGACGAGAGUGAAAGUAAAAGUGGCCAAGAAUAAAGUCGCGCCGCCGUAUAAAGUAGCCGAAUUUGACAUGAUGUUUGGCAGAGGUAUUUCCAGCGAAGGGUGCGUUUUUGACGUCGCGGAAUCCACCGGCGUCAUUGAAAAGAAAGGCUCGUGGUAUUCCUUCAAAGGCGAACAGUUGGGCCAAGGUCGCGAGAAGAGUUUACUCGCCGCGAAAGAGAAGGAGGGUUUAUACGAAGAGAUUGUUCGAUUGACGCGAGAAGCGAUCGCGGCGAAAAUGGGUUUGUUAUCAGGUGAAGCUUCUGUUUCUUCUUCCAUGGACGAGGACGAUGAAGAUGAAGACAUGUUCGAGGAGGAAGAAGAAGAGGCGAUGGCGGAAGGCGGCAACGUCGCCGCUCGCUAA